AUGACAGAGGCUUGUGUUAACUUUAUCCCAACAAGAACAAAUAAGAUACCAAGUGCAACUGCAAGGAUAUAUGUACUGAUCAACUAUCUGUGGAAAAAGAAACAGGAGACAGAUAUCAGCAUAUUCUUAGAAGAGCAAAAGCUCAUUCAACUCAAAGUUAAGCAGACAAGUUCAAGAAGAAGAGUUGAGACUAAUGCAACUAGAAAAACACAUUUUUUUGCAGUUUUUUUUUCAAGCAGCUACUAUAUAAUAAACUCUCGACUUCCUUUCACAAAAUACAGCCAAUACUUUGUCUUUAAUCACAAUUACUUGAGGCUGUUAAUGAAUAUACUUGAGCUUUACACAACACUGGAACAGAAUUGCUUGAACGUUCUUUUAAUAGAAAAGCAUCAACAAUUAUAA